GUUAAUAACUACAACUACGCAGGACAUUUUCGUAAAUCCAUCAUCCCCUUACUCUCCCACUAUUGUUUUUUCCUCUAAAGUGAAAAUCAGAACCAAAUCCCCCAAUAGAGCCAACUCUCGCUUGCUCACUCUCUAAACUUCACUGUUUUUUCUUCCUUUUUUUCGAAUUUUCUCUCUCUUAGGGUUAGGGUUUUUUUUGGUUUUUUUGUUUAAACAUGGCUUCGACGUCUUCGUCGGAACCGGGGAUGAAAGCGGAAGCUAGCGGCGGAGAGAAUUCGGAGACGGUGAUAGCAAACGAUCAGCUUUUACUGUACAGGGGAUUGAAGAAAGCGAAGAAAGAGAGAGGCUGCACUGCUAAAGAACGUAUCAGUAAGAUGCCGCCUUGCACCGCCGGCAAACGCAGCUCCAUUUACCGUGGAGUCACGAGGCAUAGAUGGACCGGUCGUUAUGAAGCUCACCUUUGGGAUAAAAGUACUUGGAAUCAAAAUCAGAAUAAAAAAGGGAAGCAAGGGGCAUAUGAUGAUGAGGAGGCUGCUGCAAGAGCAUAUGAUCUUGCUGCUUUGAAAUAUUGGGGUCCUGGGACGCUCAUUAAUUUUCCGGUUACUGACUAUACUAGGGAUCUUGAAGAGAUGCAGAAUGUGUCAAGAGAGGAAUACCUUGCAUCUCUUCGAAGAAAAAGCAGCGGUUUCUCAAGAGGAAUUUCUAAAUAUCGUGGUCUUUCGAGUCGGUGGGACUCAUCAUUUGGUCGUGUUGCUGGAUCUGAGUACUUCAAUAGCAUACAUUACAGUGAUGAUCCAACCAUAGAAAGUGAUUACAUAGGUGGUUUUUGCAUUGAGAGAAAGAUUGAUUUAACAGGUCAUAUUAAGUGGUGGGCCACCAACAAAACUCGUCAAGCAGAACAUGGAUCAAAAUCUUCUGAAGAAACUAAACAUGCAUGUCCAGAAGACAUCGGCAGUGAACUUAAAACAUCAGAGUGGGCAGUGCAGCCUACUGAACCAUACCAAAUGCCCCGUCUGGGUACAUCCCUUGAGGGGACAAAACAUAAAGGGUCCUGUGUCUCUGCCUUGAGUAUAUUGUCCCGAUCUCCUGAUUUCGAGAACCUGCAGGAGAAAGCGCGGAAAAAACAAGAAAAAAAUGCUGAUAAUGAUGAGAAUGAGAACAAAAAUACUAUAAACAAAAUGGAUCAUGGCAAGGCAGUUGAAAAAUCAGAAAAUCAAGGUACUGGGAGUGAGAGACUUGGAGCCACGUUGGGGAUGCGUGGUGGAUUAUCUCUUCAGAAAAAUGUGUUACCCUUGACUCCCUUCUUGUCUGCCCCACUUCUCACCAACUACAACACCAUUGACUCCUUGGUGGAUCCUGUGCUUUGGACAUCUCUUGUUCCUGUUCUUCCUUCCGGACCAUCUUGCAAUCCUGAGGUUGGUGUUACAAAGACAGAGACCAGUUCAUCAUAUACUUUCUUUCGGCCAGAGGAAUGAUUAAUUUGGGCACAAAGUGAGGAACAUAUUUUGCUUGAAUUCUUCUUCGGGAGAUUUUUGCAGUUCAACACUGUGUAGUAGUAAGUAAAACAGGCAGCAUGAACAGCUUUGUUUGUCUUCAGAAUGAGACUUUUGCUUUUAUACAGGUUUGUCAUCUGAAUUCUGAGAGCAUAGGAAGAAAAGUUUAGUGUAUAUUCUAUAACAUGUACGAUAUCCCACAUGUAUUAUCUAAUACCUAUUAAGAAGUAUGAAUACUGGACUUGUACCAAAAAAUCAGAUGAGUGGAAAUGGUUUUUCAGUUUAGCAACAACUUACCUAAUGUCUUUAUACUCAAAAUAAAAAUAUUUACUCUCUAUCAAUUAUGAAGGUAGGCAGAUCUUAUGGUCUUUAUUUUUUACUACAAGCCAUGGGCGAGUUAAUGUGAGUUUACAUUUUUUCUCUCCUUUUUUUGAUCUAAAUGGACAAAGUGAGCAUUUGGUUCAGUUUGAAUGAGUUUCUCUAUUGCAAGAGCAAAAGCAAAAGCAAAAGCAAAUUAUUUGGUUGUCAAAAUUUAAAAAUUUUUAAUUACACGGGAAGCU